CGGCGUAACGUCCGUGUUUAUGUAUUGUAACUGGCUCAUCAUCAUCAUCGACCGAGAGAUCGCUCACACAUUAUCAUUUUGACCUUUGCCAGUUUUAACGGGAUUUUAUCGCGUGGUUAUGACUUCGUGGCUCGGCUGAGACUAGCAGAACACACGUCUAUCCCCCGUCGUAAACACAUUUUUUUAUCAUUCCACCUUUUCGUCGGAUACGUAGCACACAGAUUUGAGCUUUCUCAUAAUCGUGGCUCGAUCGAUCAAUUUUUAUAUCGGCUUCGUAUUACAGUUAGAGCUCAUCCGUGUCUCCGCGUCUAGCUGAAAAAGUUUGUAUUCUCUCUGAACGUGUCUGGAAUAAAGUUCACCGGUACAAAAUGGCCAAACCAAUCACUGUUGUUGUUACUGGAGCUGCUGGACAGAUAGCCUACUCCCUGUUGUAUCAGUUGGCUGCUGGUUCAGUAUUCGGUGAAGACCAACCAAUUGAUCUGAGAUUACUUGACAUUCCACCAAUGAUGGGUGUUCUUGAAGGAGUUGUUAUGGAACUUCAGGAUCUUGCACUUCCUUUACUUAAAAAUGUAUUACCAACUGCUGAUCCAGAACCAGCUUUCAAAGAUGCUGAUGCUGUAUUUUUAGUAGGAUCCAUGCCACGUAAACAAGGAAUGGAACGCAAAGAUCUUCUCGCUGCCAAUGUUAAGAUUUUCAAAGUUCAAGGAGAGGCUCUUGAUAAAUUUGCCAAAAAAGAUGUUAAAGUUUUAGUUGUUGGAAACCCAGCAAAUACCAAUGCAUUGAUCUGUUCCCACUAUGCUCCAUCAAUCCCAAAAGAAAACUUUACAGCCAUGACCAGGCUCGAUCAAAACAGAGCACAAGCUGCUUUAGCUUCUCGUAUUGGUGUCAGCGUUGACAAAGUCAAAAAUGUUAUUAUCUGGGGAAAUCACAGCUCAACCCAAUACCCUGAUGCAGCUCAUGCUACUGUCGAAAAAGAUUGCGUUGCUCACCCAGUCUCUAAAGCUAUCAAUGAUGAUGCUUGGUUGAAUGGUGAAUUUGUUGAAACAAUCCAAAAACGUGGAGCAGCAGUUAUUGCAGCAAGGAAAAUGUCUUCAGCCAUGUCUGCAGCCAAAGCUGCUGGAGAUCACAUGCGUGACUGGUGGUUUGGCACAAAACCAAAUCAAUUCGUAAGCAUGGGAGUUGUAUCUGAUGGUAGCUAUGGAAUUCCAAAAGACGUUGUUUUCUCUCUACCUGUGACCAUCAAGGAUAAAAAAUAUACCAUUGUUCAGGGAUUGGAAAUCAGCAGUCACGCUCGCGCCAAACUCGAUAUCACUGCCAAGGAACUGGAAGAGGAGCGAGCCGAAGCGAACGCGGUACUUCAGCAAUGACUAGUUGGAGCGAAAAAUACCGAAGAAGAGACAAUAUCCAAGUUAUAAAUUAGUUUAGCAUUAUACAAACAUGUUAUAACUGAGCAUGAUUCAAAAUCAAUUUAUUUUUUAUUAAUCGAUGUUGAUGAUAAUUUAUAAACAAUCAAUCCGGCACAUUGGAUAUUUACAGAAAAUGUGCGCGGACCAAAGUGGCUGCAAAGCCAAAAAAUUAUUUUUCGGUGUUACCAUUUAAUCAAUUGAAAAAAUUGGAAAAUUUCUAUGUGGGUUAUUAAUAAAAAAAGUGAUAUUUAA